AUGGACGCCGGGGAGCCCCGGCCGGGGGAGGAGCAGCUCGGUUUGAACAACAAGAGCAUCGGCGUUGCGGGCAACGGUGAUUAUGAUAACGGUGGAGAGGAAGGUGGUGAUAUCGCGCCCAAACCGAGACAGCUGCCUGAUGACUUACCUACGUCGCUGGACGAUAGACGGUCUGUGCCGGUUUUUGGGACCGAAACGGAGAUAUAUGAUGCGUGGCAAGGUCAAUCCCAUUUCCUCACAAACCCCAUUCCCGCAAAGCCGCUAUCCUUUAACCUCGCGCUCGAUGAUGGAAGCCAUGACGAAGAGUACAACAUCCACGCCCGGUAUACCCACAACCACUACCUUGAUGCCGACUCAACGACGACGGGGGAAUUGAAAGAUUCCGAUGCCAGGUUGAUGGAGAUGUUGGCAGCGCAGGCAGCACACAGGGAAGUGGAAUCGGUCGGUGUAGAUGAGGACGAUAUCGCCACGGACGAUAAAAUGUCGGACGAAGAAAAGCGGGAUGUGUUACAAAAGAGCUUGAAUAUGGCGGCCAGCAAUGGCGACGUGGAACGGGUGCGAAGGCUUGUAAAGGGGAAAGCGAGACAAUAUGUGGAUGUCAAUACUCCCGACGAGGAGGGGACGGUGCCCCUGAUAUAUGCGAGCUGUUUCGGACAUCAAGAAGUGGUUUCUGCACUACUCGAGGCGGGUGCGGAUGUCGACAAGCAAGACCGUAAUCGGUGGAGUGCGCUCAUGUGGGCGAUGACGAACCGACAUAAGACCAUUGCGAAAAUUCUCCUCGAUUAUGGCGCAUCGCCGGAUAUCAAAUCAUCUUCCGGUGGGACGGCGUUUGACUUUGUACAGCCGGGGACGGACAUCUCGAAAUACCUACAAGAGAAUGGGUAUAGUUUUGGCGCAUCCGCGACUGCGGGCGACUUCUAUGAAUUUGGGUUUUCGCAUAAUAGAUUCGAGGAGGAAAUGGCUGAGAAUGAAAUGAAGAGGCGAAUGAUGAUGGAGGAGAGUGCCAUUAAUUUGGAAGUCGACUUGUCGAGUUUAGGGCUUGACGAGAAGCUCGAGUUACCAGAGGAUUUUGAAGAUCAACAGGAAUUCGUAUGGGACAGGUGCCUUAAUGAUCAGAUGUUUGUUUUCCAAGAGAAUGAACUUGAAAGGAUUUUGGACAUUAUUAUUUCAAACAUGACGCCUCAGCGGUCUCCGUCGCAGAAGCCUGUCCCAGCCAACCUUCUUUUUCUCAGCGCUCGAUACGCCCAUUACCAUGCGAGCCCUGAGCUGCUAGCCAAAUUACUAAUUUCUGCAAUGGAGCGGAUCAACGAGGUGGUGGAAAAACAUCAAUGGGAUAUGACGAUUUUGGCCUUUUGGAUAUCGAAUGCAACCCUUCUCCUACAUUACCUAAAGAAAGAUGGCGGCCUGGUUGAAGCUACAGUGGGAUUUCAGCGUCAUCUUGCUGAACUAAUACACGAAAUCUUUAUCCUUAUCAUCCGGGAUGCAGAGAGGCGGAUGGACAAAGUUCUGGAUACAGCCAUGCUGGACCAUGAAACCAUCCCCGGGUUUGAAGAUGUUCAUUUCCAGAACGAAUGGAAACUCUUCCGCACGAAAACGAAGGUAAAACCAGAGCCACUAGAAAAGACCCUUCGACCUCCGUCGCCGAAACGGAGGGCACAGGUGUCGCCACGGAAUAUUACCUCUUUACUUUCGUCAACGUUAUUUGUCUUAGAUUUAUACGACGUGCAUUCUAUCAUUACAGCACAGAUUUUGGCCCAGCUUUUAUACUGGUUAGGAGCGGAACUUUUCAAUCGCAUUAUGACAACAAGACGAUAUCUGGCUCGAACGAAAGCUAUGCAAAUUCGGAUGAACGUUUCUGCGCUAGAAGAUUGGGCACGUAACAACAAUCGACAACCAGAGCACUACGAGAACGGCUCGACAUCAUGCACUGGAGACACCACUGUUGAUUCUGCUCGAAAAUACCUAGCUCCUGUCAUCCAACUACUCCAGUGGCUCCAGUGUUUCUCCUCGCUGGGCGAUGACCCUGACUCUCUCAUCAUGACUCUUCAACAACUUCAACAACUUACUCCGAGUCAACUCCUGCAUGCCGUGAAGCUCUACCGGCCCGAGGUUGGCGAACGGGGUCUCCCAAAGGCCGCAAUGAAAUAUCUCCUCGCCUUACAAAAGGACCCAUCCCUCCUCGAUCAGAUCCACCAGCCGCAAUCUCUGAUACUACAACAGAAAGAAAAAGGUCUUCUUCCCCUUCCUCCCGCCUCAGAUUCAAAAGAUGGAUCUACCCCACAGACAACCACAACAACCCAUCCCUCCGUCGACAAAAUUCCCAAAUCCACCUCCACUGAUGGAGACUCCACAGCUGAACCAUCAUCACCACAUGCAAUAAAUAAUAAUAACUCAUCAGCUAACAUCCCCCAAUCUCCUUCACCCUCGUCACCGCCGCGACCUUCUUCAGUGUCUUCGCUGAGACCAGACCCUGGAACGAUUCUCUUAAACCCAACGAGCACUCUCCCCUUUUCACUACCGACAAGUACAGAUAUGCUUGUGAGCUAUGGUGCUGGGUUUGGAGGUGUGAAUCGAGAGAGGGAGAGGAAGUAUAUACCCACCGUACCGACGGAGUUUCUCAAUAAGUUUGAUCGAGCUGAGACGUAA